GUCAGGGGGGCGGUCUUAUCCGGAGUUGAAGACUGAACAACUUUUAAUGAGGCAAACAAUUGGAUGCAUCGGCAGUUGCUGACUUGAGUCGCUGCGAGCUCCACGAUAACCGCCACCUCCUCGCAUCUGUUUGCGGUGCACACGCCGGGGCUUCGUAGUACUCGAUGUGGAUGUAGUGGCGUUUUCAGACACACCAAUAUUUUAAACCGCUCUUUCCAACUUCCAAAGCAGGAUUUCAAGCAUGGACUCUUUCGGCGACUCGGCGGGGGACAACAAGAAGCCCCCCGCGUGUCAGUGCGCACCCAAGCCGGCUGUCUACCGCUGGUGUGCCGGUCCGCCCCUGGCCGUGUGCACGCUGCUGUCCCUCUGCUCCGUCAGCCUGUGUCUGCUGAUGGGCCUCAAGACGCACCGGCUGGAGCAGCGGCUGCACAUGGAGAUGGACCGAGCGCCCGCCUUCCACCCGCCGCUCGGGGCUCUCCUCAACCAGGAUGGGAGCCUGAGCGCCUCCGUGGGGAAACUCCUGGAAGAGAAAGUCAUGAUGCUCGUGCCAAAGAUGCGAUCAACGCGAGAUGUCGGCCAAGAGUGCGCCUGUCCACCAGGGCCUCCCGGAAAGCGUGGAAGGAUGGGAAGAAGAGGGGAACCGGGUAAGUGAAUCCCACCACCUGGCAAGGCGGGACGGGAUGGAUACCCGGGUCCACUUGGCUUGGAUGGCAAACCAGGUCUACCGGGUCUCAAGGGAAGCCAGGGACCACAGGGGCCCAAGGGAGAUAAGGGUGACCAAGGAGACAUCGGGCCGAGGAUGGUCUAUCCUCGAUACGAUCACGGCUUUCUCUCUGGCGACCAGUCCAGCACCUUUCAGAGAAGGUUUCUGAAGGGUGACCAAGGCCAGGCUGGACCUGCUGGCCCUCCUGGCCCCCCCGGUCCUCCAGGUGCAAGAGGCCCCCCUGGGAACACAGGCAAAGACGGGCCCCGUGGCCCAACGGGAGGACCAGGAUUGCCAGGUCGUGAUGGCAUUGAGGGAGCUCAAGGAUUGCAAGGGAAGCCGGGAGAGGAUGGUGAGCCAGGAUUUCCAGGACCACAGGGUCCUCCGGGGGCAAAGGGUGAAGCAGGUACGGGAGAAAAGGGAGCGCGAGGCAUGGACGGAUUACCAGGAUUAAAGGGGGAUAAAGGAGGAAUAGGAGAGCAAGGCCCCAUGGGUUAUACUGGUGAAAAAGGCAUAUCGGGCUCCUCUGACAUCAUUGACUUUAACGGGAAGCUUCUUGACGCUUUCCAGGGCCCACCAGGUCCACCAGGUCCCCGAGGUUCUCAAGGAGAAAAGGGGGAGCUCGGUUUACCGGGGCCAGCUGGAUUGGACGGCCAGAAGGGAUCUAAAGGUGACGUCGGUGAAAUAGGACAGCAAGGGGAAAGAGGAGAAAAGGGAGAGAUGGGUCUAUCUGGGCCUGCGGGUAUGGAUGGACAGAAAGGAGAGAAGGGCGACUGCAGACUGGAUGACAACCUGGUUCAAAUGAUUUCCCAGCCAGGCCCUCCUGGCCCACCAGGCCCACCAGGAGUUUCCGGGUCACCUGGAUCUAUGGGGCUGCAUGGCAUGCCCGGUCCCAAGGGGGAGCCAGGAUUCGGCGUAAAAGGGGAGAAGGGUAUCAUUGGUGUUCCAGGAAGCCACGGAAUGGACGGCUUUCAGGGUUCACCUGGCUCUCCGGGCCUAGUGGGUCUUCCAGGAGCUAAAGGAGAAAGAGGCAGGCAGGGGGAGCCUGGACUUGAUGGUUUGCCGGGCUUUACGGGAGAGAAAGGAAACAGAGGCGACCGAGGGGAGAAGGGUGACAGGGGAACUGUCGGAAAGAGAGGACUGAAGGGUCAGAAGGGAGAACAGGGUCCUCCAGGUCUAGACCAACCCUGUCCUGUGGGACACGAUGGGCUGCCAAUACCAGGCUGCUGGCACAAGAUGACAUGACUUUGAAGGCUUUUUAGAGUUGCUAAUUGUAGCACAACGCCUGGAUUGUUUGGUGUUGUAGCCAAUAACAUAAUAUCACAGUAUUAGCUUGACUUUGGAAGAACGUUUGCUUGUGUAUUUGUUUGUCAAAGAAUGAAGCUAUUUUUGUAAUUAUUCUUUGAAUAUGUGUGUAACUUGGUCAAUUUAACAUGCAGACUGAAAUAAACUGAUUUUUAUGCUCUUUU